AUGCCGGAGAAGCGCAAGCACGAGGACACCUUGACCUUGGACCUCGUCAUUGCGACACGUGAGAACACGAAGAAUCUCGGCUACUUCGUUGACGACACCGUCGUGAACCCUGGCCUAGGCAUCCCCUUCUACAAGACUGUGUUGGAGGGUGCCAAUUACGAGCAUGCUGACUGGAAGGACCAGGCAUGCGUUCGUACCUCGCAGAUCCAUUGGCGAGAGGAUCACAGCGUUUCUUGGCUGGAACGGCACAUGGAAAUGACCCAGGGCUUCAUCGUGAUUGGCAAGAAUCCGGGCCUGUUCGUGCUGGGUGAGCCGACCCACGACCGCGAGGACUUGGACGAAAAGGGUCGCACAAAGCCGGAUCCAGAUCGCGUCAGAGCUUACAUCAUCCCGGCCGGGAUGGGCUUGAUCUUGAAGAAGGGUACCUGGCACGACUUCCCGGUGUCCUGCGGGCCGCCCUUGUCUGCAUUCAUCAUCAACACCGAAGAGGUUGUAGAGGCCUUGGCAACCAUGCCGAAGCCAGCACCCAUGAACCACGGAGACUGCUUUAAGCUUCGCCUUGCAGAGCACUUUGACUUCACGAUCAAGUUUCCCGAUCCCCGCCCAUUCGUUCAAAGGCACGGCCUGGCGCCAAACCCGGUGCUUUUGCCUCUCAUGGGCAAGGAGGGUUAUGGCACUGAGAUGUCGCGGCAGGAGGUGAAGCCUGGCUGGGCCGGAGGCAAGAAGGUCACGGUCAUUCCCGUGGUGAACGUCGAGGUUUUUGUUCCGGGCAGUGGUGGACCCUCCAUCCAGCCCCACUUGCAGUCCACUCCGGAGGUGGCCAACCGAGGCUGGCGGGAUUACGGCAACCGCCGCGGCUUGCAGCGGCUCUGCGCCAUGUUCAAAGAGCUGGGGAUGCCCUGGAGCACGUGGCAAAGGCCCUGA